CUGAGUCAACAAUUGCUUUGCGCGGGACAGAGACCGACUCGAAGACACACGAUUCACAACAUGGCUCCUCCAAACAGCAAUCCGGCAGGAGACCUCACCUCAGAGGUUCUCCAUGCCUUGUCCAAGGCUGACCCGAUUUCGUCUGCCGAGACCUUUGCAAAUGUGCCCUUCGAGUCGAUCAAAGCCGCCCUCGACCGGCUUGCGUCCCGGUCCAUGGUCACGUAUGAGCAGGUAGAGCGUGAGGAGGCUUACCUGGAGCCCGAGGCAGAAACUAUCGUCAGCCAUGGCAGCCACGAGGCCCGCGUAUUUGAGGCGGUCCGCCAGGCCAUGGACGGCCUCUCGAUUCAAGAUCUUGAGAGCAAAAUUGGCGACAAGACGGUGACCAAGGUUGGCCAGGGCAAAGCCUUCAAGGAGAAAUGGAUCAAGAAGGAUGGCAUCAAGCUUGUUGCACUGGUUGAUUCGAUCAACGAUGUGACGCGGGAGCAGCUCAAGGCGAUCCAGGAGACGCGGAGGCAUGACGCCAAAAUCAUUGCCGACUUGAAGAAGCGCAAGCUGCUGAGGAUGCAGAAGGUCAUCUCCUUCAGGAUAAGCAAGGGGCCCAAGUUUGCGCUCGAGAUGGUGAAGGAGGAAACGGACCUGACGGCCGAGAUGCUGGCAUCUGGUGCAUGGAAGACGGCUACCUUCAAGCCGUACAACUUCAACGCAUUGGGCGCCGAUCAGCAUGCCGGCGCACUGCACCCCCUGAACAAGGUGCGGCAGGAGUUCAGGCAAAUAUUCUUUGAGAUGGGCUUCACAGAGAUGCCUACCAACCAGUUCGUUGAGUCGGGCUUCUGGAACUUUGACGCUCUCUUCGUGCCUCAGCAACACCCUGCGCGCGACUUGCAAGAUACCUUCUACAUCUCCGACCCCCUUAAGGCUGGCAGGCCCGCACCGACAUCUGCGGAUGAUAAGCAGGACUACGAGGAAUACUUCCAGAAUGUGAGGCAAGUCCACGAAAGCGGGAAGUACGGCUCGAUUGGGUACAGAUACCCCUGGUCCGAGGAUGAAUCGCUCAGACUUGUCUUGCGGACACACACGACUUCCAUCUCGGCCGCCAUGCUGCACAAGCUUUCUGGCCAAAGAACCCAGGAUGGGCGUGUUCCGCCGGCGCGAUACUUCUCCAUCGACAGGGUUUUCAGAAACGAGACUGUGGAUGCCACUCAUCUCUGCGAGUUCCACCAGGUAGAAGGCGUCAUUGCCGACUACGGGCUGACGCUGGGUGGCCUUAUGGAGUUCAUGGACAUGUUCUUCGGGGCGAUGGGUGUGACUGACCUGCGCUUCAAGCCGGCAUACAACCCCUACACCGAGCCGAGUAUGGAGAUUUUCUCGUACCAUAAGGGGCUCAACAAGCUUAUCGAGAUCGGCAACUCGGGUAUUUUCAGGCCAGAGAUGUUGGAGGCCAUGGGCCUGCCCACGGAUAUGAGGGUGUUCGGUUUCGGUCUUAGCUUGGAGAGGCCAACCAUGAUCAAAUACGGCAUUUCAAACAUUCGUGAGUUGCUCGGUCACCAAGUCGAUCUCAAUUUUAUCCAGAAGAACCCUGCUGUGCGGCUAGACAAGAACUAGAUAGAUAGGGAGGGCACGGGUAAAUCAGUAACUGAGGGCACACCAGAGUCGUAUCACGAACUGCGCGUUGUGAUGAGAACCGCCGCGGAACGUAUGCUCGACCUCCACCCUGCAUCCGUCUUGAGUCGGGAGAUGCUGUUUUUCAAAUAAUCGCCAAGAAGUGUAAGAUCGCAAGGCUUGAAAGUUCAGUUCAGUCCCCCUGGCCCAACUCAAAAAUCCGGGCGAAACCAAGCUCACGGAUGAGGC